AUGAAAUGUAUUGUUUCAUCUAAACAAACAUUAAUUCCAGUAACAACAAAACGUACAACACCAGAUUAUUCUGAUAUGGAACGGAAUAAUAUUUAUGCUGAAACUCCACCAAAAACUAAACCACCACCAACAUCAUCUGUAUCACCGCCAACACUUGUUAAUGGGACAAAUCAUUAUAUGCCUAUACUUCAACAAAAACGCCCAACAAAUAAUGCAACACGAAAUAUGAAUAUGACAUCGAAUUCAUCAAUGUCAUCAUUUUCAACCGUAACUUCUUCAUCGCAAUCAACGACACCAUCAAACUCAUUUCGUAAUGAUGCAACGUCAAUAAUGACACGUUCAGCUGACGCAUCAUCAUCAUGUGGAUUAAUAAUGCAAACAAAAAAUGGUACAAAUAAUAUCAAAUCAAAAUCAACAUAUGAUAUUGAUUCAUCAAUAAUUGAUCGAUCAAGACAACAAGUCAAAGAGAAUUUGAAUAAUAAUAAUAAUAAUAAUAAUAAUAAUAGUAAAUGUUUAAAUACAAUAACAAAUGGAAAUUUUGUACCAUUACAAUCUGUUAAAGAAGAUGAAUGUCUUGAAGUUAAUAAUGAUCGAGAAAAAAAUUGUUCCAAGAAUGGCGAUGAACAGCAACGUAUGUUGAUCGACAUACUUAAACAAAAAUAUCCUCGACAACAUGUUUCAUCAUCAUCAUCAUCAGCUGUAUCGACACCAAUGAUGCCACGAACAAAUUCACCUCAUCAACGUUCAUCAUCAACUGAUCCUACUGAUGAAGAAUUAACAACAAAUGUAACAAAUGGUUUUAUUCGUGGUCAACGUAAUCGUUCAAGCCUUCCAUUUAUUAUAAAACCUGCAACAAAUAUGGCAAAAACGAAUUCACUUGGUCUUUGCUUUUUAAUUUGUGGUGGUGAAACAAAAAAAGUACUUCUUCCAUCGUAUAUUUCAUGUAUAGAUACACUUAAGGCAUUAUUUGUUCGAGCAUUUCCGCAACAUCUGACAAUGAAACAUAUGGAUACCGACGAUGUACGAAUUUAUAUACGUGAACCGGAUAAAGAUAUAUUUUAUCAAUUAGAAGAUAUGAGUGAUGUCAAAGAUCGUGCCGUCCUAAAAGUCGUUCAUUUAAUCAAUACUACUACUAAUAAUAAUAAUCAUAAUAUUAAACCUCAAGUUUCAUUUAAAGAACCUGAGUCAGAUGAAGUAUCUGUUUAUGUUCCAUUUACAUCACGUCCAACAUUAGCAAGCGAAAUUACAUAUCAACGUUUAAGUCGACUUGGUCGUGUACCAUCGACAACAUCCAUUGUACCGACAUCAAGAAAUGGAUCAAUGGACGAUAAAUCAAUAUCAUCUGUUUCUGCUAAUUCACAAAUGUCAUCAAGCAGUUCGUCGUCUCGUUCUCUCAGUGAACCAAGACGUCGAAUAAACAAUAAUGAAACAACAGCUAUUACUCAUAAUAAUCCAACAUAUGCAAAUCCAAGUACAUUAGCCCCAAAGGGUAUUCUCUCGUCACCGAGAAGUGGUUCAACCACUCCGACAACAUCACGAUUUCAUGAUGAUGAUGCUCAAAAUAAAAUGAUGUGGAUGGAAAAACAACUUGAAUCAUUAACUGAACUAGUUAAAGAGUUAACUCGUGAACGAGCACUUAAUGAACACCAAUUAUUAACAAGAACAGGAAUAUAUAAAGACAUUAAUUAUAAAUCAUUACGUCAACAAUUAUAUGAAUUAAAAUUAAAAACACAUACAUUACGUAAUGAUUUAGUAUCUGUACGACGUAUGCAACAAUCAUUACAAGUAAAUUUUAAAACAGAAUUACAAGAUGCAAAUAAAAAAAUUGAAAAUCAAAUAUAUCGAUUACAUCAAAUGGAAAUUCGUUCAGUACAAUGUCGAACUAUAGAAAAUGAACUUGAUUUAUAUGUAAUAAAUAGUACAAAGAUUGAUCGAGAUUUAGAAGAUUUAGAAGCAUCAGUUGAAGAAUUACAAAAUGAUGUGAAAUCUAAACACUGUUAUGUAACGAUGAAUGAUGUAGAAAGUUUUGCUCUAGUUCUAAGUACUAUUAGUCGAUCAUUGGUCGAUCUUAAAGCUUCAUUUCCUGUAUUACGUGAAAAAAUUUGUUCACUCGGCCCACAAUCAACAUUAAAUGAUGAUCAAAAAUUUUUACAUGAAGAACCGGAACGUCUUGAUUAUACAAUAAAAAAAUGUAAACGUUUAACUACGAUGCUCUAUCAAUUAAAACGAUUAGCUGUUAGUCAAGAACAAAAAAUAGUGCUAACAAAAACUCAACGACGAUUUUCAUUGGGUUCAAAUGGAAAAUCAGUUGAUCGAAAACGUUUAUUAGAACAAAUUGAAUCAAUUACACAAAAUUCUGAUGGACGAAUUAAAGCAAUUGAAAAAGCAGAAAAAUUACGAGAUCGUCGUUUAAACUAUGCAAAUCAAUUAGAUACAUUGAAACAAAUGAAAUAUACAGCUGAACAAACGAAUGGACAUGAUUUAGGACAAUGUUUUGAUACACGAAGUUUAACAAAUUCAAUUUUACUUUCAUCAAGUACACGAACAAGUAUAUGCUCAACACAAUCGACAACAGAUUCAACUCCAUUAUCAAAUAAUUGUCCAUCACCAUCACUUUCAUUUAUUGUACGUCAUGCACUUAUUUCACCAACAAAUCCAACAUCAAUGACAAAUGAUAUAAAAAUGCGUUCACAUUCAUUAAUAAAACCACCAUCAAAAGUAACAUUUUCUCAACAAUUAAUAACAAAUGGAAAAUCUUCUAUAAGUUCACGUGAUCAUUCAACGGAUUCAUGUUUAUCAACAAAUGGUAUUUCUAUCAAUAAAAAAGGUAAACCAACACCACCACCACGUGUUCAAAGUACAUCAUCAUCAGCUGUAUCGAGUGCCGCAUCAUGUUCAUCAUCAUCUAGUUCAUCAACGUCAUCGAAUGGUAGUGCAAAUUCACGUUCAACGAAUGGCUAUUGUGGUAUUAUACCACUUGUUAUAUCACCUGAUCGUCGUCAUAGUGGUCGAUGUAAUUCAUUUUCAUCAUCAAGUACAGAUACUGAUUCCGUUAUAUCAAAUCCUCGUGGAACUAUAUCACAUAAAUCGCCAACAGUACUUAAUACAAAACCAAUAUUACUAUCAAAUGGUUUUCAUCAUAAAACAGCAACAACAUCAGCUACAAAUCCAACAACAUUGAUGCGUGCUUCUGUUACUGAUUUUUCUAAGAGGGAUUUCAAUCCAGUACUUGCCAAACAACCAAGAACGUCAGUUAGCAUACCAAGGUAUGAAUUAUUGAGCACCUUACAAGCACGAAAUUCCAUUAUUCCACUUCCAAUUCCUUCUCCUGAACGUAUUCAACAAAAUAAGACACAGAAUGAUAGUGUUACUCAUAAUUUUUCGAAUGAACCUUCGACAGUAAUUCCUACAUCACGACAAUCAAAACCAACUUUGCCUUCCCAGUUAAUAACUUCAUCAUUUCCUGUCUAUAAUCAAACACCACAAGAAAAUUCACAACAACAAAUGCCUAAACAGAAUGCGUCGCAUAUAAUUCGAUCGAAUUCAUCUUUAAAUAAUAAAACCGUGAAGGACAAUACUAUUGUUCUUUCAAGUUCUGUUAUCAGUCUAAAUGAUCAACAACAUUUCAACAAUCAUAGUUCUUCAUCAUUACGACGUCCUCCUACUUUAGUCAAACGAAAUGGAAAACAAUUCAUUAUUGAAUUUAAAGAACGUACUGAACGACGUUAUGUACAAUAUAAUGAUGAUCGAACACAUCAGAAAAGAAUUUUUGAAGUUACUGAUUGUAUACCGUAUAGAACAAUAAAGCCAUAUAUGCGUGAAUCUCAAUCUUCAUUAAACAAUGAUAGUUUAUCAAAUAGUUUGCAUUCUUCUCUUCCAUCAAUACCUAAAACUCGAUUAGAAUCAAACAAAUUAGCAAGUUCUAAUUCACAUAGAGAUUCAAGUGCGUAUAUUCGAAUGUCCUUUUCAACUCCACCACCAUAUCAAUCAUAUUAUCAACCAACAAAACAAAAUACAAACAAUUCAGAUGAUUAUCACAUUCAACAUUCACAAUCAAGUUCAUUCAACUAUACAACUAUUAAUCCACAAAAGACACCUAAUCAAUAUUCAUCUAAACCAUUUCAUAUUCAAUCAUCAUCAUUUCGAGCACAUACACCAUCUAGUUAUGAUUAUAUUGGAAAUUCCUUCGAAACGGAUUCUAUUAAUUCAAAUUAUGAAUUCAGGGAAAAAAUGCAUAAUACAGAUACUAAUCAAACAAAACGUACGAAUUCAUCACUUUGUUAUCAAACAAUUGGUAAACAUCAGUCAUCUACAUUACAAGAUUCAUUUGCUCGUUCGACAACGCCAGUGAAUAGUCAUCAAGAUCGAGUAUGGCCUGAUAUUAAUAACUAUGUUAUACCUGCAAUGAAUAAUCGAAAACAGCAACAAUUGAUUAAUUCUAAUUUUAUCUCGACUCCAACUAUUGAUAAACAAUCAAAUCAAAAUGAAUUUCCUCGUGACAAUAAAAAAGGAACAAGAGUUUCUUUCAUUUAA